AUGAGAACUGAGGGAAGCCAACAUUCCACUACCUCGCGCCGCACGCCUGUGGGAUGGGAUAUCGGACGGAAAGGCCGGAUAAGAGUUGUCCAGGCCCAUAGCCGCACAUUCGGAACUUCGCAAAACGCCGUAAAGAGUCAAAUGCAAUCGUGGACAGUUGUGCGCAUACAAGCGGAGGCGCCGUCGGCACGACUCGCGGACAACUUCCUCUUAGCAAGGAUUCUUUCGCUGCGUAUACCCCUGCUCGAGCGGAGCCUCCGUUUCAAAUUCACACCAUCGGAUGCUCACCCGGUAAACCUCCCGCCCCAUCUUGACGAAGUCGGGAGGUCAUCCCGAUGGCAGCGAGUUGACUUGCCCCCUUCGAAAUCAAACUCGAGACUCCAGUCCAGAGCAUGGUCCUUCCCCAAAGUCAAACUUCAAGAUGAGUUUCUCUUAGUCACGCGUGCAGCACUAACGUUGCCGAUGAUGGGGAUUCAAGCCUCGAGACGUUGGUGCUACCACCAUGAACCUAGAGACACGGAGUUUGGAAUUCUUCGGAUGGCGGGAAAACCUGCAAUUCGGCGACAAAUUAGCCAUCAUUCGCCAAUCACUUGGACCCCCAAAAGCUGCAUCAGACUAAGGUGCUUUCAGGUAAUUGACAAGCUUGACCAGAGUUUCUCGGGCGUGAAACACAGAGCACAGCCUUCAGCCCUCUUUCUCGGUGCUUUACUAUCUAGAGACCCACGAGCUAUUGAUAGCAUGGGUAGAAUCUUCCGUCUUGGUCACUUUGUAUCGUCGUAUCCCCUGCAGUCAUGGGGGAGAAUGCUUCUGUCAGAGCUUGUUCCCAAUUGGCAGAUGCCCGGGAUUCCCACCGACGGGCAGAUACCUAUCAAGACAACACGACGACUCGACGUAACCAUGCAUGCGAGGGAGGCAUGUAAGGUUCCCAAAGUUUGUAGUGUAUCUCAUGUGGCAUCCUUCUGGAACGCCUUAGCCUUCAUCCAACGCGGCUACUAUCAACACGGCAUGUGUAUGGAGUAUGGUAUCUCAGCCCAGAGCCCCAUCAAUUCGGUUCCACCAGGACCACUACCCCGCGUUCUCCUUCAGCAAAAAAACGUCACAUCACAGUUGAGGCUCGCCGGGACCAUACAGCAGAGCACGCGAUUUCCGCAGCCAAAGAACACUGACAACCCUUUUAUGCCUGUCUAA